AUGGCUCGAUACCUGUGCCAAAUUUGCGACAACGUAGUGAUUUAUGGUGAGAGUCAUCCUUGCUUCUUUUAUAAGAAUGAUGACAACGUGUAUUCACUACCAGAACAUUGGAAGGACAGUUCUCGACAUUUAAGCCAAGCUGACCAACAAAACGAAAGAGAAAAUCCUGGGCUCAUAAAUUUAUCGCUGUUUCAAAAUAAUGAAGAAGUUAAGUCGCUUUUCUCAAAGGGAAACUGGUGUAGGACUUCUGCAGAGAGCUCCAACAAUGCACAAACACAGAAUCCUUGUGAUAUUUCAUAUUUUAAUCUUAUUUCAAACGUUGAGGUGAUUGAAAUCGAAGAAAUGAAUAAAAAUGCAUCUGUUACAGUUUCUUCAGAAAAUGUUGAAUCCCGUUACAGACCUGAAACUGACCAGUGCGAAACUUAUGAAAAAACGAUAGGUGUCAUCGGACCAAGUGGUGUUGACUUACAAAAGCAGAGAGUAUUAGAUGUAUCAGAUCUCAUGCAUGCAACAGCUAAAGAAGAAUGCAAAAUGCCACUUGAAGAGAGCAAAUGGCAGUGUUUCAAUAACGAGAAAAAUAUUUUUAUGAAUUCAAAAGAAUGUGUUAUUAAAAAAGCUCAUUCAGAUAGUAAUAAUAUUUCUGGAACAGAGAAUCUGAUUGUGAAUCCUGAUGUCUCACCAGGAAGUAAGGAGCCAAGAAAUGGCAAGAUACAUGAAUCACAGGGCGCAAGUGAUGAACAUAUCUCACUAGAAGUGCACUUUCAUAGUCAAAAUAAUAAGAAGAAAAUUACUAGCAAAGCGAAAGAAGAUAUUUCUUCUAAAACACAUGACAAUGCUGUGGCUGAAUCUUCCGGGGUCUGUCCUCGUAAGAACAAAUUUCCUAAGAGCUGCAGUAGGAAAGAUACUAUUAAAACCCAUCAUCGAACACAUGCUGGCGACAAGCCCUUCAUGUGCAAUACAUGUAAUAAACAAUUCUCUUCCAAAUCAGAUUUCAACAGACAUUACAGAAUUCAUACUGGAGAAAAACCUUAUGUAUGUGAUAUAUGCGGGCAAAAAUUUAAUCGGAAAGAAAAUCGCGACAGACAUUAUCGAACCCACACCCGUGAUAAACCGUAUGUAUGUGAUAUAUGCGAAGAAAAAUUUAAUCAGAAAAGACAACUCGACAGUCAUUAUCGAACCCACACUGGUGACAAGCAUUUUGUUUGUGAUGACUGUGAAAAAGUUUUUACAUUAAAGUAUAGUCUAAAGAGACAUAUGCAGAGUCACACAGGAGAAAAACCUUAUAAAUGCCCAGUUUGUGGAAAGACAUUCACGAGAAGCAGCCAUUGCAAGAGUCAUCAAAGGAGAAAGCACCAGUAA